AUGCUGGUGGAGCACAACAUAUCUCUUAUGUUCAACGGAACUUUUGAGCAAUGGUCACAGCUUGCAGACACUGAAUCGAUAUACCACAAUUUUGCAUGGAACCUCGAUCAGCCUGGAAGGAGUUUCGAAGUCAGCUUAUUUGAGUAUCCCAGCAUGUCUAACGAUACGAAGCCUUACACAACUGAAAAUGGUACCGACGUGGAAACGUGCCUGCUCGAAGCACAGAAUCUGUCGUCCGACAGGCCCGAUGAUGAAUCACCGGGCCAGAUCUGGGCCCUCGGUGUCUUCGAGCAAAGACUCCAUGACAUCGAUGAGGUUUAUGAAUGCCCAGCAUUUGACUCUAAUAUGGCCAAUGAGCUCCUCAUCAACACCACAAUCUCCGCACUGGCCCUAAACCAGCGCUUCGACACCGUCAACGGAACAGAGACCCGCACCUUCACUGUUUACCGCUUCGAGAACAAGCUCGCCUUCUUCCUCCCAUACGGUCUCUCACUCGCCCUGGCGAUACCAAUCCUAGUACUAGGACUCGUAGCUCUUUACGUCCAAAACCACGGCGUUUCGGCUAUCAGUGGAGGUUUUAUGCAGCUUCUUAUGACGACUACCGCGCGUGGUUCACUCGAAGCUGCGGUUAUGAGGGGCUCUGGUACGCUGGGUGGAUACGAGAAUGUUUCGGAAGAGCUGCGGGGGAUGGAGGUUAGGUUUGGAGAGCUGGUUGAAGUUAGUGGGGAUGAAGUCAAGGACACCGAUACGCUUCUGAGUGGGCAUGACGGGCUUGUUGAUGCGCAAGAUUAUGAUAGUUCGCAGUCAGGUGUGCAGGCUGCGUCUGGAACGGAGCGGUUCGAGAACAGCGUUUCUGUAGCGCGAAGAGCCGGCUUCGGCACGGUCGAUGAAGUGAUACCAUUCAGGAAGGAAGCAGAACAGUAG